GCGGCUGUUCUGGUCCGGGGCAGAGCAUCUCGCGGGGUCUUGUUAUCAGCUCCAGCACCGGUAUGAAGGGCGCUACUCUUAUGCUCAGGGAGACGAAACAGCUGGUUCACGAGCUCGCUGUACACAAGCAUGCCUCGUUUCAGCGAGGAGGACAAGGCUCUGCUCUAUGUCAUCAGGACCACCGCCGAGCAGCUGAAAGUAGGCUCUUGGGACGACUGUGCAACCGUCUACAACUACUUGGCUUCGUGUUAUAGAACUCAGGAUGGGCUGACGGCUGCGUACCGCAGUCUCGAGAAAAGGAAACUGGAGACAAGCACGCGCACCACUGCGUGGGAAGCAACGAGGAAGCAGGUGGAGCAGUGGCUACGCAAUAAAGAGCGACCUCCCUGGAGCAGCCCAAUGCCGUGCCAAGGCCCAGUGGAGAGCGAAGACAGCGAAGUUGUGUGCCCGGCUCCCAAGCGGAUGAUCUCGCUGCCAUUGACGGAGUGGAGCGACAAGAGUGCACAGAUGGAUCUCGUGGUGGACACAGCCCUCUUUCCACAGCAGAGCGCCCCGUCGGAGGGGUUUUGUCAGGCAGCAGGUGGAUAUGCCAACAACGCCGCGCUGUGGCCUAUGCAAGCGACCGAGUAUCCCUUUACCGGCACUGCCACCACCCCGUUUGACGCUACAGCCAUGCACUGGCCCAUCGACGCCGCGACUGUGAGUGGAAUGAGCAACGCAGCUAUGAAUGGACUCGACAACGCAGCUAUGUGUGGACUCGACAACGCAGCCAUGUUCGGAGCAAACAGCCCAGCCCCGUUUGACGCUACAGCCAUGCACUGGCCCAUCGACGCCGCGACUGUGAGUGGAAUGAGCAACGCAGCUAUGUAUGGACUCGACAACGCAGCUAUGUGUGGACUCGACAACGCAGCCAUGUUCGGAGCAAACAGCCCAGUCAUGUAUGGAUCAGCCCUGUAUGGAUCAGCCCUGUAUGGAUCAGGCAGCCCACCCAUGUAUGGAGCAGGCGGCUCAGCCACGUAUGGAGCAAACAGCUCAGCCAUGAACGGAGCAGACAGCUCAUACAUGUUCGGAAUGGAGUUCGGAAUGGAGUUCGGAAUGGACUGCACAGCCGUGGACGCGGUGGAAAACCCGUUCCACAACAACACUCUUAACUGCUGCAGCACGCCCAUGAGCAACUCAGCUCUAAUUGCUUCCAAAAGCAGCCCGACCCUAAGUGAGUUCGGCUACGCCGCGAACGAAGCGACCCAAACCGUCCGGCCAACACACUCUCCCAGCCCCAACACAGAGUCAACGAGCAUCAUGAACACAUUCAGUUGGCAGAACACGCAAGAGUUGAUGUCUUCACAAGAGUUGUAUUUGCUGCUGAAGGCCAGUGAAGCCGGCUCCGAUGCUGUCUAGUAUCCUCGCUCUCUUGCCGCUUCCAACUGUUGUGG